AUGGAAUCUCAGAUGGCGAACCUCCACCUCGACGGUGGCUCCACCGCCGACCUCAAGCAAGGUUCAAGACCAUCACAUGCCACAGCGUCACACGGGAACAGACUUGCUCAUCCCACGAACUCUUCUCUCCGACCAUUGGCCCCAUCUAGCUCCAUCGCUUCGAAUAUGGGCAUCAACGUGGGCGUCAACAUGCAACACUUCAAUCGUCUCGCAGCAUCCUCCAAUCCUAACGGUAUCGCUCAGGGCAUCAAUCGCGCGGCUCAGCAACCUAUCAACGGCUCAAGACCCAGCACGCAACAGCAACAACCCAACCCUGCUCACAUCAAGAGUCGUCCACCAAGCGUCGCUGGUGGGUACAAUGCUGCUGCUGGUCCAUCCUAUCGUCCCACAGCAUCCACUGCACCACCAUCAAAGCAAGCAAGCAGCACUGGAUCGGCGACAUCCUCCGCCCCUUCCGUCGACCUGGGCAGGUACGAUGGCGGUCUGGAACGAGACGAAGCUCGCGGUCGUCGAGGAACCAUGCAAUUCGACCCACUCACGCUCUCCUCCUCCGACACGGGCAAAACCCAUCCUCCCACCCGCGUCUGGUCCUUCAACGACUUCGAAAUGGGUCGACCGCUCGGCAAGGGUAAAUUCGGCAGAGUCUACAUGGUUCGCACAAAAGGUGGUCCCAACAAGGGCUACAUCAUCGCCCUCAAGUGCAUGUACAAGAACGAACUUGUCGAGAACAAGGUCGAAAAACAACUUCGACGAGAAAUCGAGAUCCAGAUGAACCUGCGUCAUCCGCACAUCCUUCGACUUCACGGAUAUUUCCACGACGAAGGAAGGGUCUUCCUCAUGCUCGAGUACGCCGGUAGGGGAGAACUGUACAAGUUGAUGAACAAACUUCCAGAUCGAAGGUUCGAAGAGAAAAUCGCUGCAACGUAUAUCGCUCAGAUGGCAGAUGCUCUCUCGUAUCUCCACAGCAAACACGUCAUCCACCGCGACAUCAAACCGGAGAACCUCUUGUUGGGCAUCAAGGGGGAUCUCAAGAUCGGCGAUUUCGGUUGGAGCGUACACGCACCCGGAAACCGACGACAAACCCUCUGCGGUACCCUGGACUACCUCCCGCCCGAAAUGGUCAACGGCGAACAGCACGAUAAAGCAGUCGACCUCUGGGCCCUCGGCGUACUCUGCUUUGAAUUCUUGGAAGGCGUACCCCCCUUCGAAGAGCUCGAAAAUGCCCCCGCAGGUACCUACAGGAGGAUCAACAAUAUCGACUUCAAGAUCCCCAGACAUUUCAGUACUGAGGCAGCAGAUCUCGUCAGGGCGCUGUUGAAGAAGAAGCCAGACGAUAGGUUGCCCUUGACAAAGGUGCUGAGACACCCGUGGAUCAUGAAGUAUGAUCCGGAUGCUUGUCGACGUGCUUCCAGAGGCAAGAUCCAGUAG